GACAAAACGAUCACAAACAAACGGUCCCGUUAUGUUACUGCAUGCAACAGGUGGAAGCCGCUUCGCCACAACAAUCGACAGCCCAUUCUCAGCCACCAGCCUCAUCGUCCCUUUCUCUCUCUAAAACAUCGCUCCACCUAUACAUACACAUAUACAUACACCCCUCCACAUGCGAAUCCAGUUCGAUUGGAUUUUCUUCCCGUAAUUGCAGUGUACGUUGAUGUAGAGUGAGAAUCUCACGCUCGCAUGUAGUGCUCGCUGCUAAAAAAUGGCGUCUUCUACUCCGAUUUCAUCACACUGUUCUCCGAAUUUGUUGCAGUUGCCGCUUCACUCCCCGCAGUUUCGCUUGAUUCUGGCCGGGAUUUCUCUGUCGCGGGGGAAAUGUGACUCUUCUCGCAAGUUGUUGUUGCAGCAGCAACAACGGAGUUGGGAUCCACUGCGACCGGUGGCAGCUAAGGAAGUUGGCAUCAAGUGUUUUGCGGAGCCGGCGGAGGAGACACGGAGUGUGGAGGGAGUUGUCUUGGAUAAAGAUGGGGAUGAUGGGGACAGCGAUGACGUAACAGUCGAGGAGGUGAUUGGUCAGGAGUUCUCCAAUGGUUCUGCCGGUUCUCAGAGGAUACCCGCCUCUGGGGAUUCUCUCUCCCUUGGAAUUCGCGAGCCUGUCUAUGAGGUCGUCGAAGUAAGGUCUAAUGGUAUGGUAUCUACAAGGAAAAUAAAUCGAAGACACUUGUUAAAAUCGAGUGGUCUUCGACCUCGGGACGUUAGGAGCGUUGAUCCAUCACUGUGGUUAACCAACUCGAUGCCUUCAUUGCUGGUACGUGAGUACGCAAUUCUGCUGAAUUUGGGUUCUCUACGGGCAAUUGCAAUGCAAGAACGUGUUUAUAUAUUCAACUACAACCGUAAAGGUGGAAAAGCUUUCAUUGAUACAUUGUUACCCCGCUUAAAUCCAAAGCACAUAAAUGGAGGUCCCUCGAUGCCAUUUGUCCUUGAGGUGGUUGAGGCUGCGCUACAUUCUCGAAUACAACGUUUGGAGCGGAGAUUAAUGGAUUUAGAACCACGUGUGCAAGCUUUACUUGAGGUUCUUCCUAACCGAUUGACCGCUGAUAUAUUGGAGGAACUUCGAAUUAGCAAGCAGACAUUGGUUGAAUUGGGUUCACGGGCCGGGGCUCUUAAACAAAUGCUGCUUGAUAUCCUUGAGGACACUCAUGAAAUACGGCGAAUUUGUAUUAUGGGGAGAAACUGCACUCUUAUGAAAAAUGAUGAGGUGGAAUGUUCAGUUCCCUUGGAAAAGGAGAUAGCCGAGGAAGAGGAGGAAGAAAUUGAAAUGCUUUUGGAAAAUUACCUCCAGAGAUGUGAAUCUUGUCAUGGUCAAGCAGAGAGGCUUCUUGAUUCAGCAAAAGAGAUGGAAGAUUCAAUUGCUGUUAACCUCAGCUCCCGGAGGCUAGAGGUGAGUAGAGUGGAACUUCUUCUUCAGGUCGGGACAUUUUGUGUAGGAGUUGGCGCACUAAUUGCAGGUAUAUUUGGCAUGAACUUGAGGUCAUAUCUUGAGGAAAAUCUGUUUGCCUUUUGGGGAACAACAGCAGGAAAUUUUGUUGGUGCUGUCCUUGGAUUUUUUCUGAUGUAUGCCUACCUCAGGAAAAGGAAAAUUUUAUGAGCACAUAGCAUAUAGUUGUUGCGCAGUUUAACACAUUUAGGAAGCUCCAGAUACUGUCGUUGGAGGAUGAACACCAGAUAUCACUAGUAUAUCUUUAUAUCUUUUUGGGAAGUCCAUGGUUCCUCGUUCCAUAGGAGACAUGAAAUCAUCAUUGUGGUUGACCUGCUGGCUGCAUUCAGCAACAAACAAUUGGAAGUAUCUGCAAGAUAAUUGUGUAAAGCCAUUAGUGAAAGAGCAUCACCUAGUUCAUGGUUGUAAAUGAAACUGAUGCAGGUAUUGCAGUCAUUCAUCUCUACUCUUUGCGCAAGAUCAGAGUCCACUUGUGUGCUUGCCAAAUUGCUUUCCGUUACCAGAGGUUAGAAGCAGGCCAUUGACCCUAUGUAGGUAAGAUGCUGGUGCUCGUGAUGCCUCUUGGAAAUUUUUUUGUACAAUGAUCAACGAAAAUUGGACCAGUGGAGAUUUUUCUGGAAGCAGAUAAUUUAUUGCGUUAGAUGAGUGCUUUGCAGUUGCAGUGCCAUCUCGAAUUGACUGAAUUUUGGGAGCAUCAGCGGAAGAUGCACGACACUGUAAAACUGAAUGUGACUUGGAAUACCAACAUAGCUGAAUUGUAUCCAUGCGAGUCUUCAAGCAUUUAUUGUCAAUAUUGUUUGAUGAGACGUUCGCAUUAUUGAGUAUAUUCCCUGUACUUUAAGUCAUUCGUGCUGCAGUUUCCAAUUGCUCUAAAUUCUGUUAACCACAUCCGAUAUGAUCAAUCAUUUUUUCUUGCCUUUCAGAAGCUGGGUGCUAAUAAAUUCCUCUUUUUCCAACAUUA